AUGUCAGCAGUCAACACAGGCAGUGUUGGAGGCGUUAAGAAGCAGAAUCGUCCGUCAAUGGUGUGUUCCAACUGCCGGCGUCGAAAAAUCAAAUGUGAUAAAAAAAUGCCAUGCACCAGAUGUAAGAUAUCCAAGAUAGAGGACACAUGUUCAUACGGAUUGCCGCUUACCGCUUCAAAUAGCACAGAUACUAGGUACAGUGACGAAUCAACAUAUUCUUAUGACGGCUCGCCUCGGUACGUAGAAAAUGCCCGGCACUCAAGUAAAUUAUUUAACCAAAAAACUAACGAACUAAAAAUGCCACUGUUUAGCAAAGCUGAAGGUAAAUCAAUUGAAUAUCAUUCACCAUUGACUUUGGAGGCAAUGUUUGGGAGCAAUACGAAAUAUACAAAAUUCAAAUCAAUGGUACCGUCGAUGUUUACAGACAAGAGUAUCGACGAAAAGUCGUCUAAAGUUAGACAAGCUGCGAAACAGGAACUAAUUGCACUCAGCGGAGAAUAUUCAAAGGAAGAAAUUGAUUCAUGUAUACGUAAGUUUUUCUUGCCCAAUAUGAACGCAAUCAAUGAAAGGCUAGCAGAAUAUGAAAGACAAAUAAAGAAUGGGUCAUUGAUGUCGUUUAUACCACUUCAACGAUCAUUCGAUCACCUAAACGAAAUGAUAAUACCUGAUCCAUUGAUUCCAGGAGAGUUCAUUUAUAACGAGCCAGGAGAAUUGGAACAUUAUAAUACAUUUGGUAUAGUUGCUGCAACUCUGAGGAUGAUUUCAAUUGUGGUUGAAUUUGAUGAUAGCUUACACUUUCAUUAUAAUUACAAUUUAUCGGUUGAUACAAUGUCUCAUUUUUCCUUGAAAAUAGCGUCUUUCACAGACUAUAAAAAUAAACCGACAUUCCAAUCAUUAAUAAUUCUAUUGAUCAAUAGAAUGUGUCAUUUCGUACUUGAUUUGAGUGGUAAUGACUCCAAUAAUUCAGUAUAUUCAAUUAUAAUUGUUGAGAUGAUUUUCAGGUUGGGCAUUCAUAUUAGGGUUGACCAUAUGUAUGGCUAUUCUGAAGAAGAAGUUAGGGCAGUUUGGAAUGUUAUUCAAUUUAUUGACUCAUAUACCUCGGUGUUGACAGGAGAGCCAUUGAAAAUAGACCACAGUAUUUGUGUACCUAGAUUAUACGAUUUUUGGGAGCCUGUGAUCCUUUUUUUCAGAAAACUUUCGAUAACCUUUAUGUCAGUUAAUCCAAUCUCACUUAACCAGCUAAUAUGCUUGGCCGAUUCUGCAUCUUGUCUGUUGACAACAUUCAAGCCAUUUGAGGAGAUCUUGAACAAUGAGGACUCGGGACCAGCAAAAUUUGGAUUCACUGUUAUAGUGAAGUCUGAAUUCAUCACAGUAUCUCAAAUUUUGCUUUUAAAUAUAAGGCUAUCAUUAGAUGAUGUAGAUAAGAUAUCAAAUGAUAUUAGUGAAAGGGAUCGUGAACUAGUUGAAGAGAUCAAACUGAAAUGCGAAUGCCAAUUAUUUUAUCUAUUGACAAUCACUUUUAAGUUAAUCAAAAAGAUAGUAAAUGGUGAAUUCACACAUGCUGAACAAAGUUCCAGGUUAACUGUUGUGAUGAGGUCAUUAUUUUCAUUUUUCAUGCAAGUUGGGAAUAGACUGAUAUUUUAUCAUUUGGCUGUUUUUAGUAAAACACAUUUUCAGGCAGCCGAUAGCAUACCACCGCCGGACAAGGACGAUGAUAACGAGAUUAUGCCUGGAAGUUUUGAUGAUAUAAGUAUUGAAGAUGCUGAAAAAUGUAUUGGAAUGGAGUUGGAUCAAAUCUCCAGUAAUGAUAUGCACUUUAAGCGUAUGAUGAAGUUGAAAACCUCACUGGUCUGCCUGUCUGAUUUCCUCAAUGAAUUUUACGUAUCUGUAUCGAACAAGUCACCUCUACUACUCGUCGGUAAUUUUAGUAUCCAUUUUAAGUUUUUGUUAUUGAUAUGUACGAUCUUGAAAAACAUCCAUGAACACAAGAAGGAGCAGUUAAGAAUGAACCCAUCAUAUACGUUAACCAAAAAGGAAUGGUCAAAGAUAAUCAACAAAACCAUGACCACUUUGGGUAACCAAAACCAAAGGAUAGAUGAUGUCAUUGAAGAUGAAUGUUCAGCAUCAAGAUCCAUGUUUAGCGACUUUAACAUUCUGGAUUCUGAAGAUCUCCGCAACCAGUUUCUGCUUGAUGAUGACUUGGAUGGGGGCAUCGGAGAGUCUAGUAUUUACCAUUUCUUUCUGGACUGA